UCUUUUCAUAUGAUUAUUUGUCAUCUGUAUAUCUUAUUUUAUAAGGUAUCUGUUCAGGUCUUUGGUUCAUUUUUUUUUUUCCUUUGUUCAAAAACCUUAUUUACUAUAAAGACAAAACACCAAAAUAGGUAUAAAUAAUAUAAAAUUGGUUCAGUUGGGUAAAAUUUUUAGUUAAAAUAUCUUGAUAUAUUUACAAUAAAAAAGGACACAUUUAAUUUGGCCCUUUCUUGAAUCAGGUUGUUCAUUUUCUUGUUGAAUUUUUAAAAAAAAUUUGUGUGUAUUUUGGAUAAUUAUAGCCCUUCUUCAGUUAUGUGUAUCUUUUGCAAAUAUUUCCUUUCAGUGUGUGGUUUGUCUUCUCAUUGUCUUUUGUAGAGCACAAGAUUUUAAUUUUAAUGAAGUUCACUUUAUCAUUUCUUUUUUUCACAGAUCAUGCCUUUGGUGUUGAAUCUAAAAAGUCAUCAACAUACCCAAAGUCAUCUAGGUUUUUUCAAGUGUUAUCUUCUAGAUGUUUUAUAGUUUUGUGAUUUACAUUUAAGUCUGUGAUUGAUUUUGAGUUAAUUUUUGUGAAUGGUGUAAGUCUAUGACUACAUGAAUUUAUUUGCAUGUCAACGUCCAGUUGUUCUAGUACCAUUUGUUGAAAAGACUAUCUUUGCUCUAAAGAUCAGUUGACUGUACUUACGUGGAUCUAUUUCUGGGUUGUCUGUUCCGUUCCAUUGAUCUGUUAGUCUGUUCUUUUACCAGUACCACAGUGUUGAUUGCUAGAGCUUAAGUCUUGAAGUCUUGCUAUAUGAUUAAUGGAUGCCUGGGAAUUGAUGUUCAUAUAUAUUCAGAAAUGUUUUGCCACCUGAGACCUGUGAGAAGGUUAUGUCUAGAGAAGAUAUUUCCACACUGGUUUCUUUCCUCAAGAACUUUAUCAGGAGCUGAAGCCGUCAAUGCCUUGAGACCAUUCUACUUUGCAGUACAUCCAGAUUUCUUUGGACAGCACCCCAGAGAAAGGGAAGUCAAUGAAAAUUCUCUUAAGAGAUUGAGUGUCUACUUAGAAAACCUCCAGAAACCAGGCUUCAGGUCUUUGAAACCAACUCAGCUUACAUUUUAUGUAAGAGAAACGGAGCAGAAUUCCUCUGAAGGCCAGGAACCCUUUAGCACUUCCGGAUUUCGAGCAGUCAAAUUUACUUUGCACACCAGAGAUCUGCUAAGCACAGUAUUAUAUAUUCUCAACUCCUGCAGUUUAUCUGUUGAACAUAUCCAAAGCUUGAAUACUAAUGUGCAUUCUCAGCCUCUCAAGGAGGCUAAAAGGAUGUCUGACAGGCCCAUCAAGUGGGACAAAUCUUACUACUACUUUACUGGAUUUAAAGACCCUCAUGAAGACCUCGAACAAGUCUCAAGAAUGGAAACAACCCUAACAUCCUGGUUAGAUAACAAUGGGAAAAGUGCAGUUAAAAAACUGAAGAACAGUUUGCCCCUUAGGAAAGAGCUAGAUCGUUUAAAGGAUGAUCUGUCCCAUCAGCUGCAGCUCUCAGACAUCAGGUGGCAGAGGAGCUGGGGAAUUGCCCAUCGAUGUAGCCAGCUGCAUAGUUUAGGCCGCUUAGCACAGCAGAACUUGGAAACACUGAAAAAUGCAAAAGGAUGUACAAUAAUAUUUACAGACCGAUCCGGGAUGAGUGCAGUGGGCCAUGUGAUGCUAGGAACAAUGGAUGUCCAUCAUCACUGGACAAAACUUUUUGAAAGGUUACCAAGUUAUUUUGACCUGCAGAGGAGGCUGAUGCUUUUAGAAGACCAAAUAAGCUACCUUCUCGGAGGCAUACAAGUGGUUUAUAUUGAGGAAUUGCAACCAGUAUUGACGCUUGAAGAAUAUUACUCUCUUCUUGAUGUGUUCUAUAAUAGACUGUUGGAAAACAGAAUACCCUUUCACCCUCGAAGUCUGCGUGGUUUACAGAUGAUCCUUAACAGUGACAGAUAUGCUCCAAGCUUGCAUGAACUUGGGCACUUUAACAUCCCAAGCCUCUGUGACCCAGCAAACCUCCAGUGGUUUAUCCUUACCAAAGCCCAGCAGGCAAGAGACAACAUGAAAAGAAAAGAAGAGUUAAAAGUUAUUGAAAAUGAAUUGAUACAGGCUUCAACGAAGAAAUUUUCUCUGGAAAAGUUUUAUAAGGAGCCCAGCGUUUCUAGUAAACAAAUGGUGGAUUGUUGUAAGAGACUUCUAGAACAGUCACUGCCUUACCUAAAAGGGAUGCACCUCUGCAUUUCACAUUUUUAUUCUGUUAUGCAAGAUGGAGACCUUUGUAUUCCUUGGAAUUGGAAGAAUGGAGAAGCCAUUAAAUAACAGAAAUCUGUAUUAUUUUUGAGGUGAUAAGAAACUGUUAAACUUCUUUAAAUCCACAAUUUGAUAUAACAGUAUUAUUUACAUAUUAUAAGAACGAAGUUUCUAACUGCUGCUCUAAAAGUGGAACUUUUUAAAAAAUUAAUUUCUGCUACAAAACUUAUUUUAAAAGGUUUUAUCUCACAGUCUUAUGGUGUUUCUUAUCUGAUUGGCAAGAUUGGGUAAAAAGAUGUCAGAAUGAACAUUUUUUAGCAAUGUGUACAUAGGAUAUCUCUGUAUUUUUAUAUGACUUAACGUAGGUGUAAACAGGUCUCAUUCAGCAUAGCUCUCAAGUAAUGGGACUCAUUCAACAUGCAAAUGGAUAGUUGCCUCUUGUGUGUCAGCAUAAAUGUGUGUUUUGCAGCCAGGAGGGGACAGUUACUGUUUAAAACAGGAGACUUAUGGGUACCAAAAAUUAGAUAACCAGAUUUUUCCUGAAAGAAAGAGUAGAAGGAAAAACAAAGCAAUGUAUAGUAUUCACAUUGUCAUAAGUAGUCUGAUACCAGUUUGUUAAAACAUCUUAGUGACAGAAAAUUUAGGUUUAAAUCCAGAAGUUUUCUUACCUAUUAAGUUUUUCUUACCUAUUAAAAUAUUAUAUCUGUUGGUUAGGAUGACACUAUCAGACAGUAAAUGUCUUUGAAUCAGUGACGUGACUCAUUUAUUUUUGUGGACAAACUAUCUGGAAAAACCUUGCUUAUUUCCCCAAGAGUUCCAGCAAGUAGGGAGUGUAAAAUGGUUCAGGCCAUUCAGGAUUUCUGUCGUCCCUUCAACCCUGGCUUCCUGUUCCUACCAGUGUUUGACACGUGGGGUGAGGCCCCUCUGAGCCACCCCUUGUGCAUAGUUGUGUGGGCUCCCUGAGGCCACAGCACAGCUUAGCCCCCAGGGACACGGAGGACCUGCUUAGAGACACAGGGCUUCUCUCUUCACAGGUGAU